GGCGGCCUUCGCAGGGCCGGCAGCGGGCCAGUGCAGAUGGAGAGCUAUAUAACUGGGCAGCGACUCCGCAUCGUCAGUCUGCCCAGAGCAGCGCUCCAGUCACAACAUGAACGCGUUCAAGACCUGCAGCGCUCUGCUGCUGGUCGGCCUGUGCCUCGCCGACGGUGGCGGCGGCCGGGGAGGUGGAGGAGGGGGCGGCUACGGCGCACCCAGAGGCGGCGGAGGACGGCCCAAGGGACUCGGCGGAGAGGUCAUCGGUUUCGGUCUGCCGAAGAGCAGCGGAGGCGGUGGCGGUGGAUACAGCAGCGGUGGCGGCGGCGGCGGUGGUUCGAGCCAGGGCUACGGAGCUCCUCAGGCUAACGAUAUCGUCCAGCAGGGAUAUGGCGCCCCGAGCAGCGGCGGCGGCGGCGGCGGCGGAUAUAGCGGCGGUGGAGGCGGAGGGAGCGUUAGCCAGGGUUAUGGUGCUCCUCAGGCCAACGACAUCGUCGAACAGGGUUACGGAGCGCCCAGCAGCGGCGGCGACAGCGGCUACAGCAGCGGCGGUGGCGGUGGCGGCGGCGGCGGCGGCGGAGGCUACAGCAGCGGCGGCGGCGGCGGCGGCGGCAGCUCCGGCUACUCCCGGCCGCGAGCUAACAGCGUGAUCCAGGCUCCCGCUCGCCAGCCGUCUUACGGUGGCUCCUCUCAGUUCUCCUCUGGUAAGGGCAUCAGCGGCGGAACCAUCUCGACCCGCACCUUCUCCGCUCCCCGCAUCGUGAAGGGAACUUCGCAGUCGUCAGGAGGUGGCGGCUACGGAGGAUCGUCUGGAGGGUCCUCGGGCGGCUACAGCGCCCCGGCUCAGCCUUCUGGAGGCUACAGUGCCCCGUCUCAGCCCUCAGGAGGCUACAGCGCCCCGUCUUCCCAGCCAUCUGGUGGCUACAGCGCCCCAUCUCAGCCCUCGGGCGGCUACAGCGCCCCGUCUUCCCAGCCCUCGGGUGGCUACAGCGCCCCGUCUUCGCAGCCUUCUGGAGGUUACGGCGCCCCGUCCCAGUCUUCUGGAGGCGGUGGCUACAGUGCCCCGUCCCAGCCUUCUGGAGGCUACAGCGCCCCGUCUCAGCCCUCGGGCGGCUACAGUGCCCCGUCUUCCCAGCCCUCGGGCGGCUACAGCGCCCCGUCUUCUCAGCCCUCGGGCGGCUACAGUGCCCCAUCUUCCCAGCCAUCUGGUGGCUACAGCGCCCCGUCUCAGUCUUCUGGAGGUGGCGGCUACAGUGCCCCGUCUUCCCAGCCCUCGGGCGGCUACAGCGCCCCAUCUCAGCCCUCGGGCGGCUACAGCGCCCCGUCUUCCCAGCCCUCGGGCGGCUACAGCGCCCCGUCUUCUCAGCCAUCAGGAGGCUACAGUGCCCCGUCUUCCCAGCCCUCCGGAGGCUACAGCGCCCCGUCUUCUCAGCCCUCGGGUGGCUACAGCGCCCCGUCUUCUCAGCCAUCAGGAGGGUACAGUGCCCCGUCUUCUCAGCCCUCGGGUGGCUACAGCGCCCCGUCUUCUCAGCCCUCGGGUGGCUACAGUGCCCCAUCUUCUCAGCCAUCAGGAGGGUACAGUGCCCCGUCUUCCCAGCCCUCGGGAGGCUACAGCGCCCCGUCUUCUCAGCCUUCGGGAGGCUACAGUGCCCCAUCUCAGCCCUCGGGAGGCUACAGUGCCCCGUCUCAGCCUUCGGGAGGCUACAGUGCCCCGUCCCAGCCCUCAGGAGGUUACGGUGGGCCCUCUUCCUCUUCUUCAGGAGGCUACAAUCCUCCCAGCCCUACCUACGGUGGCUUCACCCCGUCUCAGUCGUCUGGUGGUGGCUACAGCUCGAGCUCGUCCUCAUCAUCUGGCGGCUACAGCCAGUCGUCGGCUCCCUCCAACAGCUACAUCCCUCCUGCAUCCUCCAGCAACGGGUACGGCAAGUAAGGCCAUAUCACAGCCAGUGUCAAAGCGAAGGCAAAGAGGCCCAUCGGCGCUCAUCUAGAAACAGAGCUUUCUAUACCUCCCAGACAGCAUCUGCAGCUCAUGCUCAUUGUACCCGAUGUAAUGUGCUACGCGUAUUUAUUGUUUUCUGUGCACAUGAUAACGCUGUAAUAAAUAAAGCGAAACUCGU